AAGAAUGAUUCAUUUACCUAAAAGAUUCGUUCACGAACGUAACAUCACUACUUCGAAUCGACCCAGGAAUUUGACCUACCCACCAGUCGGUUCUCACAUCCAAUCAGUGUGCGCAGCAUCAUCGACAUCCAAUCAAUUUGUAGAAGUUUGGGCGCUAAUUAGUUACACAGCUACAACGUAGCCAAAUCGUAGCUGCUGUUAAUGUUUGAAAUACACACUGAUACUCAGGCGGUAACAGAGUAAAGUAAGCACAAUGUAUGGGUUGUUCUAUUUUGUAGACGGGUCCGUUAUUGCAGAUAGCACCUCGAUUAUACAGGAUGCAUACAUAAAUGCUGGUAUUACAGUAACCUGCAAGGAAGACCUGAAGUCCAAGGAAGGCUGGAUAGAGGUGAUUUUGCCAGCUAAACGCAGGCAAGAUCCGAAGCCGAUUGCAGCCAAACUGCUGUUUAUGGCGGAAAACUACAAAGUAGUAAUCCAAAAGCGUGAAGCUUUUCUUAAGACAGGAGAUAUAUGGUCUUCCUUUGGUCAGUCUGGCCAGGAGAAAGGGGUGGUGAAGCAAGGAAUGACCUCUGGUUCGCAGAUGGCCAAGAUGGGCGAACAGCUCAAGAGGGACCUCAAACGGCAACCUAUAAAAGAACUCAGUUCUACUCCUGGUCGAUUUGAGUCUGAUUCCGACGACACAUGCUGCGAUAUUUUUGAUCCACCCAAAAAACGAAAAGUGGUGAUUGACACCAGUGAGGAGGAGGAGGAGGAGGACGCCAUCCGUCAGGUGGAGUCUCAGCGGCCAGGGACAGUGCCUGCAGUCUUUGUCGAAAUGGAUGAGGACAGUUUGAAGGCUCUGAAAGAGCUGCCAGGACUGGUGUCUUCACUCAAAACAGUCCUAAACAAAAUGGCAGAUUCACCUUUGUCUUCCACGAUUUCCAGCCAAAGCGACUCACCACACACUGGCAGUCACACUGGCAGUGAAGAAGACAUGAUGUCAUUGGGCAACACAUCAGUGCAGGUCCCAAAACGCCUCUAUCAAAGGCUGAGUGGGAGGAGGAUGUCCCUCUUCACCCAGGAACUGGCCACAUUGGUGUUCGGCAGGGAAACUUUGGCCAAAAGCAACCCUAACAGGGAAAGGAAAAAAAGGCGAGCUGAAGGAGCAGCUUGAUCCAGAAAAAACCAAUGCAAUUAUAGAUGCAGUGAGGGAGCGAUUCCCCAACACUGAGGUGGCAGAGAUCCGGGCCCUUCUAAGGAGGAAGUGUAACAACGAGAGCUACAAGGCCUCAAGUAGCUCAAGUCAAAGCUAGACUAUUUUUAUAUAGUACAUUUUGCCAUUGUUCUCUUCUUGGCAUUAAAAAAAAGUGGACUGUUCAAGGUUCCUAC